AUGAAGUUGUUAUCGAUUGUAAAGUGUAAACUGAUACUUGAGAAGCCCCCAACCAAAUAUGAGAUGUUCAAGAUGAUGAGAUCUGAUCUAAUCAUGAUAUGCAAUUUUCUGUUGAAUUUGAAGUUAUCUAAACUUGAAGCUGAAAGAUUUGAAGCUAUACGCUACUGUUCACGCUUAUCAGAAGCUGUUGUCCUAGGUCUUCAAAAGAGUUCUCAGAGCCUAUGCUACAGAGCUUUGCAUGAAGCUGCAUUGCAUAUUAAUAGAAAUAACAACCACAUAUAAUUAACACAACACAAACCUCUCCAUGCCAUAAUCUGCACUAAAACCCACUUCUUUGGGCAUCGAAUCACUCAUGUAUGGUCCUUUGAUAACCUUCAUGUCAAACAUUCCUUUUCCGCUUUUCGGGCGGAAGCAAAAAAGUAGGUUGCUAUUAAACAAAUUAAGAAAAUUUAGUUGCUAUCCUAAACUCAAGAUUCAGCUAUUUUAACAAUUUCAUUCCAGAUUUCCAUAAAUUGAAAUGAAAUCCCCUCCGCCAAUGCGAAGCAUGGGAUACUUCCCUAGUUAGGAUUUUUUUUAAAUCACAUCACCAUAGGGGACA